AUGUCAUUUAAACCUAUUUUUGUGAUAUUUUUUGUAUCAUAUCUUCCAGUACCUAUCAGGGAGUUGAUUAUCUCCUCAUAUCAAGAAAGCCUCCAACUUGUAGAUGAAGCCCCACUCCACUCUAGACAACGACGGAACGAGCCUUCGUCCUCCACUCAUAUGUUUACAUUCCAUCGGCAAACCGAUCCUGAGACCCUGGAGAUUUCCAGAGCGGCAGAGGUUUUUCAAACAACUCUGCAGGUCCUGAAGAACAAAGCACGACAGAGAUAUAAAAGGGACGUCACGGCACUAGAGUUGUUGUCCUCGGAAGACAUUGCCCUGAUUGGAAAGCUGUCGAAGUGUCCUGCAACACAUCUAACCGUCUGUCCUCACUUCUCAAAGUAUCGCUCCAUAUCUGGCCUUUGCAACAACAGGCAAAUUCCUCUCUGGGGAGCAGCCAACACUCCCAUGGUCAGAUGGCUUCCAGCUGAAUAUGAAGACGGAGAGAGACAACCUAAGGGUUGGAACCGAGGAUGGCUCCAUAAUGGAUUCCAACUUCCCCCGCCACGUGAAGUCAGCACGGACAUAAUUAAGAGCUCCUUCAAAAGUAAAGAUGAGGCCUAUUCUGUGUUGCUGGUGGAGUGGGGGCAGUACAUGAGCCAUGACAUCACCUUCACCCCUCAAAGCACUGGCCUUUCAAGGCCCACUGUGGACUGUCUGAGCACAUGUGAAAAUCUGCAUCCGUGCUUUCCCAUUGAGACACAUGAUGGCUGCAUGCCAUUUCAUCGCUCCUUACCGGCCUGUUUUGUCAAUCCUGAGUUAAACAUUGAACAAGCUCUGCAGCGACAACAGAUGAAUUCCAUCACAUCAUUCAUGGAUGCUUCGGUUUUGUAUGGCCACAGCCUGAAGAUGGAAAGCUUCCUCCGUGAUCUCUCUGGCCUCAAUGGGAAACUCGCCGUCAACGACCUAUUCACGGAUCCAAAAGGAAGACCCUACCUUCCGUUCGUGGACACUUUGCCGUCAACAUGCCGUCAGAAUCAGGAGGGGGAGAGGGUGGAGUGUUUCAGUGCCGGAGACACCCGUGCCAACGAGGCUAUUCCCCUGACCACAUUGCAUACGUUGUGGCUCAGGGAACACAAUCGAAUUGCAGAGGCACUGAAAGGCAUCAAUCGUCAUUGGACCCCGGAGACCAUUUACCAAGAAACUCGCAAGAUUAUUGGAGCUCUGCAUCAGGUCAUAUACAUUCGAGAUUAUGUUCCAAAAAUUAUUGGUUCAGCGUCUUUUGAACAUUACAUUGGACCCUAUGGCGGAUAUGAUCCCACUACGGACCCCUCAACUGCCAAUGUGUUUGCAACUGCUGCAUUCAGGUUCGGCCACGCUACCAUCCCUCCAAUCCUCAUGAGACUGAACGAGAGCUUCCAGGCACAUGAGGACUUCCCACACUUGAGACUACGAGACACUUUCUUCAGUCCAUGGAGAAUAGUCAAAGAAGGUGGAAUCGAACCAGUCCUUAGGGGUAUAAUUGGAACUGCAGCACCAGCCGUUAACUCAAACAUGCUGCUUGCAGAGGAUGUUACGGAAAGUUUGGUCAUCUCUAAAAUAGAUCGGCACAUGGACCUUGCUUCCCUGAACCUGCAGAGAGGACGAGAUCACGGUCUCCCAGGAUACAAUGAUUGGAGAGUAUUCUGUGGACUGAAGUACAUUAAGACAUUGGAGGAUCUCAAAGAGGUUGUUGGAGACAACAAGGUUGCAGAGGAGAUACAGAAGAAAUACCAACAUCUUGACAACAUUGAUGUUUGGCUCGGAGGACUUGUUGAAAAGUUGUUGCCUGGCUCAAGAACUGGUCCCCUCUUCGCUUGUCUGAUUGGAAAGCAGAUGAGAGUGCUUCGUGAUGGUGAUAGGUUUUGGUGGGAAGCUGAGGGAAUGUUCACCCAGCAACAGAAGGCUGAGCUUGUAAAAGCUUCUCUGUCUCGGAUCAUCUGUGACAACUCUGACGUAAGGGAGGUCCCCUAUGAUCCUUUCAGAUUUGAGACAUACCCAUCUAACUACCUCCCUUGUAAUCAUUUACCAUCAAUAAAUCUGGAAGCUUGGAGAGAGGAGAGAAGCAGUGACCUGGAGAAGUGUGGCUCUCCAGCAAAAAUAAAGAACGGGGAUUUCAUAUUGUCCUCUGCAUCUGGAAAACUGAUGGCUCUGUACUCCUGUUACCAUGGUUUCCAAUUAAAAGGUGCUGCUGCAGUAGUUUGUGAGGGGAAUCGAUGGAGUGAUCAGGCCCCACAAUGUAAAGGGAAUCAUCAUUAAGCUGUUGCAGUGGAUCAAGAAAAACUUCAAGACUGGACACUUUUAUCGCUGCUGUGCUUAUUAAAAUGUCAUGGUUUUGUUGAUUGAGAGUUUGUUUCUGGAAACCGGAAAUAAGCCAUAUUUGAAAUUUUAAGUGUGAUAAUUGGCAAUAUCAAGUUGUUGAUUCAUAUUUGGUAGCUUCUUAAUAUCAAUAAAAUGAACACACUAAAUUGUGAAUCACAUCACUGUUAUCAUGCUUUCCUUAAAUUGCAACAUUUCCACAAGCGACCAUUUUUAUAUUUUCCCUGCCCAGCUUUUGCUACACAGUGCAUGACUGUAUUUUUCCUAAUGGAACACAGACAUGAGCUUUUGUGAAUAAAAAUAAUAAUCAUUACCAUAAAAACCGAGCGAAGAAUAGGAGCCACACAACAUGACCGCAAUGCACACGGAUGAAUGUCUGAACUUGGACCUUUCAUUCGAUUCCUAUUGAGUCAAGACAAAAUGUCGAAAGAACCUCUGCAACUACAUCUCAAAAUGACUAUAUCACUUAAUGACAGCUCCAACACUCCUCUCUUAGAAGUUACGUACAGUUAUCAACUUCUUUUCACCCAUUAUAUCAGUGCUUUUCAUAUAGUUUCAUACUAGAUACCAGAUAGUUCUGAAAUACGAUACAAUAUAUUUUGUGUAUUUCAUCAAAUGUUUUCAUUACAAAGUAGUACACUUGAGCCAAAUGAGUCACACAUGCUACCUAUUACUAAUAACACAUCUAACAAUAUCC